AGUCUGCCUCCAAUUGCAGAGGGACCCAAGUGAUUCUCUCACUCACGCAGGGCUUGUUCAGCUGCCUUGGAGUCCCAUGCCCCACCUGUCGUUCCCCGGGGAUCAUGUCCUUCCCAACACUUUUUUUAGGGAAGAAGCUUCUUUUGCUGCUGCCUCUCCUCAUGUGCUUUACAUCCAGAGUUGGGGGAAAGAUCUUCAGACGCUGUGAACUGGCCCACUUAUUGAAGGUGUCUGGCUUGGAAGGUUACCGUGGAUACAGUCUAGCUGACUGGGUCUGCUUGGCCUUCUAUGAGAGCCACUUUGACACGGCAAUUGUGGACCACGAAGCUGACGGCAGCACCAGCAAUGGCAUCUUCCAGAUCAACAGCCACCUUUGGUGUGAAGAUUACAAACACUUCCAGCCGAACUUCUGCAAAAUGCAUUGCAGCGAUCUGCUGACCAGUGACAUCAAGGAUGACAUUGUCUGUGCCAUGAGGAUAGCACAAGGACCAAGAGGCCUAGGAGCAUGGAUGGGUUGGAGGGAAAAUUGCGAAGGCCUUGAUUUGUCUGCCUGGUUGAAAGGAUGUAUUCUGUGAGAGAAUAACAAGGAGGACAGAAAGGCGGCUGU